GACUGGGCCGCCCAGUUAUUGUUUUUUGAACCGGCGACGGACGAGGUCGUUUCCUGAUUUUUAUUUUUUUCUGAAGGGAAGGAAGAACCUUUUUAUGGUCGCGAAUUGAAGGUGGAAGCACGUACGCGGAUGAAUCUGCACACCACGACGACCUUGAAAAGUGCUAAUUUAUAAAAGGGACAAGGGUGAAGAACUGGGAAUUGCCUGAAAAGUGAGAAGACGUACGAAAGUCGAAGAGGAAUUCCAGCAAAAAGGUGGAUUGGUUUUUAAUUAAAAGUCAAGGCCGUUGCUGAUUUUCGUGAAUCCACACGGGAAGCAGGAUGCUGCGAAUUUUAUUGGUUCUGGCGGUCACCGCGCCGGCUUUGCUGCUUGCCGGACGCAUUCAGCUGGUUAACCUCGAACCCGAAGAAGCCCAACGGUACAUCACUCAGCAGAGCUUGGAUCUGCGAUAUGCCAAGAAACUGGGUGAACAUCCACUGGGGUACUUCCGAAACAUUCAGGACCCAGAGGCCAAAUUCUACCACAAUGGCCGCCUGAUUGACAACCCAGAAGACUACGUCGAGGAAGCGUACGAAGCGUCUCAGUUCCAUGGACAGGACGGACUCGGAAGAGCCAUGUUCGGCUACACCGAUCACAACCAGGCCCGCUUGGAAGCUCGUAACGCAAAUGGAGAAGUACGUGGCUCAUACCAGUACAUGGAUCCGUUCGGUCAGGAAGUGGUCGUCCAGUACUGGUCCGACAGCUUGGGAUUCCAUCAGUUCGAUAACCGUCCUGAGGUGGUUCUGGAACCGGUAACUGAUACACCAGAAGUACGUGAAGCUCGCAUCGCUCAUUUGAAAGCUUGGGAGGAAGCUGCUCAGCUCUCUCGUUCCGGAAAACCCAUCAGCAGUUUAAACAAUAAGCCAGUUCAGAACUCCGUUGAUGAAGAGGAAGAUGAAAUUGUUGGAGCUCUAUCCAACCAGCACCAGGCUCUCGCCCGGUAUCCUAGCCUGCCAUACACCGAUCAUAUUUCACCGAACAACGCCCCAGCUGCGUCCAACGAUGCUGUGGUCGUCGAAGCCCAGCGUAACCUCAAAAAGCGCCAAAAUGAAGAAUCCGUCCAAGGAGCUAACGAUGAAGAAGAGGAACCCAAGUACGAUCCCAAGGGCUUCUUCUACAGUUUCGAAUACCCAGUGUACAACAUUGUUCAGUCGGAAGCAGCACGAGCUCGCUCACAGAAGGUCAAGCGAUCGAAUCAACCUGAAUCCGAAAGCAUCGUUGAAGAACCUAAACCAGAAGUCAAAGGCAGCCCCGUCGCCGAAGACAACAGAGUAUCCCUAAAGGCCAUCCAAAACGGCGAGCAGUUGGUUGCGGCGGUUCACGAUGUGCAGGUGUCCCCCAAGCAGAAGCUCACCGCCGAACAGUAGUAAAUCGAUCACAGACUUCCUCACCCCACUUACAAUUUGCCAUAUUUUUUGCGUUAGUCAAAAAACCAGAGCAAAUCGAUCUCCUUCCUGCGGAAAUUCCAACGAAUACCUAUCUACAAACAGCGAACACUGCGGCAGUCGAAGAUGACUGUGACCACGAAAUGUGGCACGGUGUGUAAAAAUGGACAAAAAGAAAUGCAUAAGACUUGAAUAAAUUGCUUAGCGAAUGGGCGGGCAAGAAUACUCAGCAGAACCAGACAAUAAAGUAACUUUAAAAAAUCGA